CAAAUUCAUUAAGGCAAUAAUUCACAAACAAAAUUAAAAUACUUAAAUUUAUAUUCUCGCUGCCAGUCUCACUGAUCGUCUGUGAACCCAACCAGCAAGCACCAUGGGGAUUCUGUCAUGGUUUAGAGGUGGCGAUAAACCAAAUGCUUCUUCCUCCUCAUCGGAUUCCGCCGCCAAGUCCGCCGCGAACUCAAACCCCAAUCCGAAGUCCCAACCAUCUUCCCAGAAGCAGCAGCAGGAGGUCCCAGGCAUGAACGGGGCGGUGGAAGUUUCCAGGCCCCUCCCUCCGCCGAACGUCACCAUUUUCGAAUUCGGAUCCGUCGCCGCUUCUGCCGACAAGGUAACCGUCGCCGGUUACUGCCCGGUCUCCGAGGAGCUGGAGCCCUGCCGCUGGGAGAUUCUUCCGGCCAGCGCCUCCGAUGCCCCCCAGUUUCGCGUCGUCUUUUGAUGUCAAAAUGGUUUAAUUUCCGGUGGGGAAUUCUCGUGAGUUCCCAAAAUCCAUCUCUUGCUAUCUGUAUACUUUUAUCGAACUUGCUACAUUGCAAUUAUUGAAAAAAAUCAGAAACCCUAAUCUUGUUGUUAAUUUUUCUUUGCUUUUAGCUUCUGGGGCAUUUC